GACGAGUCAAAAUGCCACUUUCAAGUCCCGACUUAUUUCCUUUUUCCUCCAAGGGUGCAGGUGGGCUAGACCUGGCCUGGCCCUGUCUACCUGUUUCUCAUGGAUCCCGUCUUGUCUUUUUCACGGUUGCACACACCCCGGAACCACUGCCGAUCCCGCCACUGAGAGAAGAGAAAAGAGACAACACCAUCUCUCUCAUCCAUGCCAUCGUUUGACAUGGUCCCCCUCUAAAAGUGCUUCUAGAAGAACUAGCACUCCCCUCUGAAUAAGUAAACUUUAGCGGGCUGUGUCUUCUACUCUGGCUCUGACCUUUCACUGAACUCCAUUGAGAGCACUAAAAGUCUGUCGUAGUGUUGGCCUUGUUGUCUCUUGUCUCGCAUCAUCUCAUCAUUUAAUUGCUUCUUUUGUGCUGCGCCGUAUUUUCCCCUUUUGUGUGGCUCCACCCGCUCAGACACACCCACGCCCAAGUCCACGCCCACGCAGCCCAAGCCCAGCACAAAGCGUGGCUCUGCUCACACACACUCUCUCACUUUUUCGGGGCGUUUCGCUCUUUGACAAUUUCACAUUCCAUUUCAGAGACAUUUUCAGCUCAGACCAUAUCAUAUUUCCCGUUUUCCCCGUCUCCCAUCUACGUAUAUUUCCGUUUGUGUCCGUGUCUUAUACUCGAGCCGCGCGUAAAACACUCUCACUUUGCACUUUCAUCACACCUCGCCUGUCACUGUCACUGUGUCUUUUUUAUAUCUCACACGACCAUCUUCGUCUGACUGACUGACUGUUACUCCAAAUGAAUACUCCAAACAGAGCUGCCGUUGUACAUCCUCAAUACGACGCCCAGUCUACCCAGCAAUUACUCGCUCUUGUUCAACAUCUCCAGGUUACGUCACGGACUAUGGCCAGGCAGACACCCGCUUCCGACCAGAAGAACAGUGCCAUCGUCACCGAUAUUGGCGACUAUCUCAUCCAGGCUGCGCAGGCUUGGGCGCAGAUGACGGAUGCUCUGGUGGAAAGCCGGCAGGUUCAGCAAGCAGUAGUUGAUGCGCAUGAACAAGCCAUGGUCAACAAUCAUCUUUCCGAUCUUUCUACUGUCGUCUCCAUGGAUGUUGAUCUCACAAAGCUCUCCAAGAUCCGCGAUUUAACAGCGCAAUUCUCACGAGAUGUGCAUCAAGUCUGGCAGAAUGAUGCGCCGUGUCCGGGGAAAUCACCGUGACAUAUCAAUCAUCGAAUAGAGAUUCUUGGGAUGGGUUCACUGGGUUAUUUCAUAGGCGUUUCUGGAUUGAUAUCCGCAUCUUGGUUGGAAAAUUGCUGCGUUAUUUCAUUCAUCACCCGGUCGCUAAAAUUGCAUAUUCUGUUUUUUCUCCCACACGACUAUCGUCUUCUGUGCACCUCCUGACCUGACCUCCGCUGUUGUGAUGUCUGUGAUAAUCAAGUAGCUUGGCUUCCAGAUCUGGAUACAUUCGUUAUCUCGACAUGGACAAUGCUCAGCCAAACGACGCAUGAAAAUUUGCUCUGUGGAUCAAGUGGCUUGAAUCUAUCCAUAAUAUAUGAAACUGCCAACGUAUUCAUGGACCUCGUCCAACCAACAAAUUCGUGGCAUGACUUUUCUGUCGGUGAGCCUCCUGACCCAAAGCCUGGAAGAGAGGCAUAUCAUGA